CUUGUCUGCUUGUGUCUUUUCCAACUUCUAUAAGCCAUCGAUCGUAUCGCACGACCAACAAAAAAAAUUACAAAAGGAAAAAAAAGUUCCCUCCAAAGCUGUCAGUAGAGAGAAGCAGAGGACUGAUCAAAAGCGGAAGAUCCGAUCCUGUUCGGUCUCUUCGACGGAAUCUUCGCUCGCCAUGGAAGCUCUCUCUCCGGCGAUCGGCUCCGUCAUUGCUCCCAAGGGCUCCGUGCUCGUUCGGCCCGCUGGGCUCGGCUCCUUGCUCCUCCGGAAAGCGCCAUCCAUGGCGAAUUCCCGGCGGAUCCGUCGUGGUGCGGCGGUGCGGGCGGUGCAGCAGCAGAGCAAGAGAUCGGCGGCGGCGGCGAUCGAUUUCAGCGAUCCCGAAUGGAAGUACAAGUACCAGAGAGAUUUCGAGCAGCGAUUCAGCAUCCCUCACCUCACCGAUGUAUUCCCAGAUGCAGAGGCGAUUCCUUCUACGUUUUGCCUCAAGAUGAGGUCUCCGACGGAAGAUUUCGCCGGAGGUUACCCUUCCGAUGAAAAAUGGCAUGGAUACAUAAACAACAACGACAGAGUCCUUCUCAAGGUAAUUAACUACUCUUCCCCCACUUCUGCGGGAGCAGAGUGCAUUGAUCAAGACUGUUCUUGGGUCGAGCAAUGGGUUCAUCGUGCUGGGCCACGGGAGAAGAUAUACUUCAGACCCGAGCAAGUGAAGGCGGCAAUCGUCACUUGUGGUGGUCUUUGCCCUGGUCUUAACGAUGUCAUCAGACAUAUUGUCAUCACUCUCGAGAUAUACGGUGUGAAGAACAUCGUGGGAAUCCCUUUUGGUUAUCGCGGGUUUUCCGAUAAGGACUUGACCGAAAUGCCUUUGUCGAGGAAGGUGGUACAAAAUAUUCAUCUCUCUGGUGGAAGCUUGUUGGGAGUUUCACGCGGCGGGCCUUCGGUUGCUGAAAUCGUUGACAGCCUCCAGGAGAGAGGAAUCAACAUGCUUUUUGUGUUGGGCGGGAAUGGGACACAUGCUGGUGCCAAUGCAAUACACAACGAGUGCCGCCAAAGAAAGAUGAAGGUAGCGGUGGUUGGAGUGCCGAAAACCAUCGACAAUGACAUCUUGCUGAUGGACAAGACUUUCGGGUUCGACACUGCAGUGGAAGAAGCACAACGUGCGAUAAACUCUGCUUACAUUGAGGCGCACAGUGCUUAUCAUGGUAUCGGAGUUGUGAAACUGAUGGGUCGUAGCAGUGGAUUCAUUGCCAUGCAGGCAUCCUUAGCAAGUGGACAAGUCGAUAUUUGUCUGAUUCCCGAGGUGCCUUUCAAUCUGGGCGGGCCACAUGGCGUACUGAAACAUCUGAAGUAUCUUAUUGAAACCAAAGGUUCUGCCGUGGUUUGUGUAGCCGAAGGAGCCGGACAGAGUUUCCUCGAGAAAACCAACGCCAAAGAUGCAUCUGGAAACGUGGUACUUGGUGAUAUAGGUGUGCAUAUUCAGCAAGAGACGAAAAAGUAUUUUAAGGAGGUAGGAAUUCCGGUAGAUGUGAAGUAUAUUGACCCGACGUAUAUGAUACGUGCGGUCCGGGCAAAUGCUUCAGAUGGCAUUCUCUGCACGGUUUUGGGACAAAACGCUGUGCACGGGGCGUUUGCGGGGCACAGUGGGAUAACAGUAGGGAUAAUAAACACUCACUACGCGUAUUUGCCGAUACCCGAAGUCAUUGCAUACCCGAAAGCUGUCGACCCGAACAGCCGUAUGUGGCAUCGAUGCUUGACCUCGACAGGUCAGCCCGAUUUCAUCUAAUUUAUCAUCGUCGUCGUCGCAAAAAGAAAGGAGGGAUCUUUCGUUCCAAUCCCUAGAAGAAGAAAACAAAUCUCAUCUAUAUCAUAGACUGAGGAGGAGAAUCAGUUCCCUUUUCUCUGAGUUUUGAUAAUUCUUUUUUCGGAAAACAAAAAUGUAUAGCAAUUUUCUCCGCUAGAGAAAACUCCCCUCUAUCAUAAAAUUUUCUAGGGAGACGUCGUGAAGCAAAAGCAAUCCACAUCAAGGUGUUGUGUCUUUUUGGCAUUGCUUACUGAUGAUCUUUGUUGUACCAAAGACCUGGAAAGAUCGGAUCUUUCCCCAUAAUAAAACCCAGGGCCGUCUCUUAACCGGUUCAACA